CUUUUCCAGAUUUUCUGUUCAACAAUAUCCUUCUCAGUACCUUCCUAUCCGAAAUUUUUUGUUCACUUCCGCACGCUACUUCAUCACACAACAUCCACACACCACACCUCUAAUGGUAAAGAGGAAGAUAAGAGAUCUCGCAUAAAAUCUGCAGCAAUAAUUUUGUUUAUAAAACUCUUUAGCCUCAAAGAAAAGCGCGACAUCAAAGCUGAUAAAGACGUGUAUCUCGGAUGUAUCGGCGCCGGAUAUGGAGGUCUUGCCGGAGAAUUCGAGGGCUUCGGCUGUACAUUUGAGAUGGAGCAAGUUCCAGAGGAAUGCUAUCCUUCUGAAGCGCAAGCUAACAUGCUCUGUGGUCAUCUGAAGAAGAAAGGGAUAAGCGGUCAAAUCAGAGUUAGUUUUGAAGAGCAAACCCUGUCAGUAGCGGUUAUCGUCCAGUACGGUGAUGUAUUACAUGUUAAGAUAAAGAUACCUACAUGCAAGCGUUGUGGGUUUGUUCAGUUUGUUGACAGAAGCGCAGAGCAUCCAACUCUUGUGCGGUCGCAGGCCUUUAAACAAGCAGGUUGGGAAUUUAAUGAUUUCUGA